AUGGAUCUUCAAUCGCUGCUGCUCGAUAGCAGCUUGGACCUGGUCACCAAGACAAAUGCUGUUGAGGCGGUGCAGGCUUGGGAUGUUACUAAGGUCACGGACAAUUUCGAGAUGCUUUGGAGUGCUCUCAGCCAACCCAUACUUGAUGUGAUGGCACCCAUGCCGCUUCGAUUAGCGGCCUUACAAGCGUCCGCAUCGUUGAUCAGCGUUUGCACAAACCAAGACAUGCUUACGCCGUUCUUUACCACCUUCUCCUUCCACGCCAAGACGCUCUACGAGGCGGCUGUAGAACGACUCUCACAGGCCUUUGACCGCACUGCCGUAGCGGCGCCCAGCCCACGCGAUCUCUUGGAGCUGCUGGGAGAACAAAGGAGGUGCGUGAUAUUCUUCGAGAGAUGUAAGACGGCGAUGGAGUCGAUGUCCCUCGAGCGCGACGCCAUCGUGCUGACCGUCUUCCUCGACCACUUCUUCUCCGUUGUCAACCCCGCCAUCUCUCGAUCAACCGAGCUCUUGUCCAAGUUGUCCGGCGCUGGCAUACAAGGCCCCGAAGCUGCGACACUGACGCAGGAGGCCAACGCCCUGUUCACAAGCGCGCUGACAUUGCUGUCUCAGUUCGUCCCCCUCCACCUCAAGAUGUUCCCUCCUUCGCCUUCGCUCUCGCAAAUGCCGCAACCCUACGACGACCCGGAGCUCCUCUACGUCAUGCAACAGAUCAUCGCGAUCGGCGACAAGUGUGCCAAGAACGUCAAGGUCCAGACAGCCGUGUGGAAGCUCGUCAGGGAGAUCACCCUCAUGCACCCCUAUCGACUACAGAACCCAGCCCUGCUCAACCGAGUCGUCACGCUGUGCGUCCUGAAGGUGCAGUCAAGUUGGAACGCAGCGAUGCCAUGCGCGCCGCGCCUGGUGCUGAGUCGUGAGCGCGCCGGCGAGCUGGUGUCCAAGGGCGAUGAAAAGGCCUUUGAGAACAAGAUUCUGCUCUAUCUCUGCCAGAACCUCCCGCCGUCGAUUCUCUUUCCGCAGGCCGUCGCGGUGCUCUAUUGGAUAAUGAACGGCGUGGAGACGUGCUGUGCCCAAGUACUCAAGAACGGGCUCGAGAGCGUGACGGUGCCGACGUCCGCCCUAAUCUACUCCCUCAGUCGGAAAGGUCCCCAGAUGCUGCAGGAAGUGGAGUGCUUCCUGUUUCAACACCUGUUCCACCCCCACUUCCUGUGCUCGCAGCUGGCCGUGGAGCUCCACAGUUUUGUGCUCAGCAACGCUGACGAGGCGCUCCAGCGACGGCACAUCCAGCUGCUCGCCAAUCUGAUCAAAACGGGCGGCAGCCGCGUGGUGGAGUCCCUCGCUCCGCUCUUCCCGUUCCUCGUCAACUCCGUCUCGUCGUCGGCCAAGGAAUUCCUGCUGCGUGAGCUCACGGAAGAUUUGCUCAAUGGACAAACCAAGAGCGCCGCAUCAGAGGAGGCGAUACUCUAUCGACUGGCCGCAUUCCUGCCGGCGUGGACGAUGCGACCGGGCGCUACCGAGCCUCUCACCACCGGCACCGAUGCUCUCCUUGGCCAAAUCGCUCGCCUGUGUAUCAGCGUCGCGGAGUGCCUGGUGGCGUUAAUGGCCUACGAGCGGCUGCCGGAGCGGGACUCCACGGCGCGCACCCUUCUGGAGUCCCUGGGCGACCUGCUGCGCAACGUGACCGAGGACCCGCUCAAGUACCACGCUCUCCACCUGCUCCCGAGCCUCGUCGACCUCUCUGUCCUCAUCCCCGCCUUCUCACCCGACAUGCUGCCCAACUUUUUGGUGGGCUACGGGCAGGUGAUGAGCACGUUUCCGUCGACAAAGCCGGCGGUGGCGCAGUUCUUGGCGCGGUGCCACGUCAGGCUGCGGGCGGACCUGCAGGACCGCGUGCUGCGCAGCUGCGCGGGCCUCUUCCAGCAGCUGCUGGCCGACGGCGACUGGACCAUGGACGACGCCCAAGUGGCCGACCACGUCGCAGCAGGGCUGGCCAACUACACCAAGGAGCGACUCGCCCAGGCCCAGGCCUGCCUGCUGGGGAGCAGUUCGGCGUCGGGCCAGGAGUCGGUGGAGAAGGCGCUGGCGCUGCUGGCCAAGGCCGCGGCCAUCGUGUCCACGCUGCCGCCCUCGGCCCUCUCCUCGCACGCCCCGCAGUUCCAGGCCCAGCUUGGCCAGCUCUGCCAACUCCUGCCCCCCGCCGACCCAGCCACCGUCGUCAUCAACCUCGAAUGA